ACACAUUCUUUAUAUUAAAGUUCAUACUACAAGUACCUUAGGAAAAAGGAACUCACUGGCCUAUAUACAUGCAGACAACGGAGAUAGCUGCCUAUAUUUUAUCAAGCCUAAUUAUAGCCAAGAUUUCCCCACCCUGUAUGUUCCAAGUGGAGUAUUUUGUUAAAGAGUAAAGACACCCAUCCGCCCUUUUAACUGCCUUCUCACCAAUAAAAUGAGUUACUUUUCCAGGUCAUUCGUCCAAGCAGUCCAGACCUUUUAACCCUGCUGCUCAGGGUCCCUCGCAGCUCAUCUCCGGCAGCAGAACGACACGGGGCAGACGCAGCCCGCCCCCAGCCCAGCUCCUCCUGCUCCCCGGCAGGCCCCGGCUCACUCAGGGACGGGCAGAGCCCAUCGCGGUGCCCCCGCUGCCCGCUUCCCCCGGCACAGGCGGGAACCUCCCCGGUCCCGCCGGUUUCCAGCGCCGGGCGGUCCCCCUCCAGCCAAUCAGCGCCCGGCCUGCCGGACGUCAUCACUCCGCGCCGCAGAGAGGGCCCUGCCGCCGCCAUGGUGCAGCUCGGUAGCCGCCUCCUGAAGGGCUACCGCGGCGGCCACGUCGUGAUCCGCUUCGCCCUCGGCGGCUGCACCAACCGCCCCUUCUACCGCAUCGUGGCGGCGCACAGCCGGCGCGCCCGCGAUGGGAAGUACCUGGAGCAGCUCGGCUGCCUUGACCCGCUGCCCAACUCCCACGGCGAGAAGGUGGCGGGGCUCAACCUGGAGCGGCUGCGGCACUGGCUGGGCUGCGGCGCGCAGCUCUCCCGGCCCGCUGAGAAGCUCCUGGGUCUGGCGGGGUUCCUGCCGCUCCACCCCAUGACGGUGACCGGCGCCGAGAGGCUGCGGCGACGGCGAGCGCAGGAGGCUGCCGCGCAGCCUGCCGAUGGCUCGCCUGGGCCCGGCGAUGCACAGUGAGAGGCGCCCCGGCUGAGGGCUCUGCCGAGCGGGAAUGUGUCCUGCCCCGUCAGCACCUCCGGCUGCAUUAAAGUGUCAUUUGCACGCUCUGUACUGCCUGUACUGCUCUCUCCAGACUCUGCUCUGAAAAGUUCACUGUUGUUGCAGAACUUGGUGCAGCAUAAAAGGGGUUUUCCUACUACCAUGUAGGUACAGAACCAUUCCAGAACAUUGAUGGCUUUUCCUAAAGGCACAUUAUUAGUUCUAACAUCUCACUUUCUGCAGCAAUGGCACAAUUACUUCCAUUUGCCUGCUGCACUCAUCAAGUGUUUUGACUCCUGGCUGUGACUUACUAUUACAUGACAGUCCAGUGGUCCAGGAGAGGCCUGACACACAUGCAGAUGGUGCUGUAGCUGCAUUUCUGUUUAGUUUCUCCAGAGAGUUUCUGGGCCUAUUUCUUCAUUUGCAAGCAAAAGGGAAAGAUUUCCAUCUUGGGUAUAGAGGGAGCUAGGUUUGCAUGAAGCAAGAUAUAAAGACUUACUACUUGCAUCACAUAUUUGAUCCUACCUGAAAAACACUGUAGCCUCUCUCACCUUAGAUGCACCUCUUGGUUUUUGGAGUUUCCUUUGGUGUAAUUUACACGACUACAAAGGUCAGGCAAAGACAAGUUUUCAGUUUUGCAUCCCAAUGAGGUUUGCAGUGUAACUGCCCUGAGAGAGGCAGAGUAGAAAAAACACUCUAAAGAAAGGGGCUGGCUUGCUUUCAACAACAUCACAAUUCUGAGAAUGGCUUUAUUUCUACUUAUGGAUGAAAGAUAUGAUGAUUUAAAAACUAUUCGUUGGGUAAGGCUGUGAGAGGUGGUAUUGCUUUUCUAAUACUCUCUCCCCCCUUCUUCCAUAUAGUUGAUGUUAAAGAGUCACAUUUUCUAUAAAACAGUGACUACACUCUGGUACAGGGGUUCUAGGAAGUUCCUCUCUAGCUUACUCUAGAUUUCCUUUCUUCAAAGGUAAAGUCUGCAUCUGCACUAUUCCUUCUAUCAUAAUCUAAAGGUACCACACAGCUUUCCAGAAAAGGAGCUUUCUGCUUCCAACACAAGAAGGUAGAUGUGCGAGGUUUCUUUUGUGACAGUUUUGGAGGUCUGGCUUUUCUUCCUGUUAAAAAAAAGGAAAAGAAUUUGUUAUUAAAUAAAGCAUCCCACAAUCAUA